AUGGCCCGCCGCCGCCUCGCGUCCCCCGUCUUGCCGUUCCCGGAGCCAGUGCCGCCACUGGACAACGACGAUCUCCUCCGCGAGAUCCUGCUCCUCCUGCCUCCGCAGCCGUCCUCCCUCCUCCGCGCCUCCGUCGUCUGCAACCGCUGGCGCCGCCUUGUCUCCGACCCCGGCUUCCUCCGCCGAUUCCGCGCGCACCACCGUAAGCCCUCGCUCCUUGGCUUAUUCUCCUUCGAUGGCGAUGAAAUUUAUCCCUUCAUCCCGACGCUGGGCCCGCCCGACCGCAUCCCGGCCGCGCGAUUCUCCCUGGCGCGGCGCCGCCGCCGCGAGAGCUGGCACUUCGUGGAAUGCCGCCACGGCCUCGCCCUUUUCCUCAACAGGAUACGCCCCGAGGCCGUCAUCUGGAACCCCAUCUCCGGUCGCUGGCGCCGAGUAACUUUUCCACCAGAGUUUGGCGACGCUAGAGAGAGGGACAUCCUAUGCGCCGCGGUGCUCUGCGCUGCCGGUGAUGACGACGAUGGCCAUGUGCACGGUGACUGCGACCUGAACUCUUUUAAACUGGCCUUGGCGCGCCGUGGCGAACAAGCCCGCACACUUGUGUUCGCUUGCCUCUACGAAUCCAAGUCUGGCGAAUGGGGAAAUGUUAUCUCAACAACGACCACGGCUCUUUUUGUUUGGAGAAAGCCCAGCGUCCUUGUCGGGAAUGCACUUUGCUGGUUGCUCAGUGGAGGAGGAAAUGAAGGUGACAUCCUUGAGCUUGAUUUUGAAAUGCAGAAGCUUGUUGUAAUAGCUCGUCCUUACAUUGCUGGAGCAACAGCAUCCAGUGAUCUUUGGUUUGUGGUUGUUGUAAUGGCAUUGGUGUGCUUAACAGUUGCCUAA